AUGGUGAACGUCCUCCGUGCGGCUUCUGCAGUGGCUCUGGCCGUCGCCACGUUCGGCGGCGCGAACGCCGCCAACUUCAAGUGCACGGGCAUCAACUACAACAUCCGCGCGGGUCCGGACUGGGCGCCGGCCGAGGAGAAGUGCAAACCGGCCGCGCAGAUCACCGCCGAGCUCGCGCUGCUCAAGGGCGUGACCGACGUCAUCCGGAUCUACUCGCUCACGGACUGCGACCACGCCACUGCGGUCGUGCCCGCGGCCGUUGACGCCGGCCUCAAAGUUGCGCUGGGCAUUUGGGUGGACUCGACCGCGUCGAGCUUCGAGAAGGAGAAGGCGGCGUUCGCGACGCUGCUCGAGACCGGCCUCGUGACCGCCGACAACAUCGUGGGUAUCCACGUGGGCAGCGAAGCUGUCUACCGCGGGGACGUGUCGGUCCCCGAGGCCAUCGCCCACUUGGAGGCGAUCCGAGCGCUGUGUCUCGCCAACGCGGGGGCCGCCGCUAUCCCACUGACGAUCGCCGACAUUGGCGACACGUACACGGCGCACCCGGAGCUGAUCGAAGCGGUCGACUACGUGUCGGCGAACUACUUUCCGUUCUGGGAGAAGGCGGCCAUUGACGGCGCUGCCGACCACUUCUACGAGCGCCUGUCUGCGCUCGUCGAGACGGUCGACACGUACAGUAAGGAGGUGGUCGUGGGCGAAACGGGUUGGGCGUCGGAAGGCACGAGCGCCAACGGCAGCGUCGCCUCGGAGGCCAACGCCGCCAAGUUCUUCGUGGACUUCUACACGCUCGCGACGGAGAAGAACCUCACGUACUACUACUUCUCGGCCUUUGACGAGCCGUGGAAGUUGGCGACGCUGGAGGCCAACGAGACGGUCGAGGCCUACUUUGGGCUGUUCACGCGCGAGGGCGUUCUCAAGAGCGCCAUUGCGGCUCUGUUCGACAGCGUCACGGCGGCUGUGGACGGCAUUGAUGUAACGGCGACGAUCGCGUCGGGUGACACGGCGGUGCAGGACGACGGAGCUGCGGCCAAGACGGGUGGCGAUGAGGAGGAGGAGGAGGCGAGUGGCGAUGACGAUGAUGAGGAGGAGGAGGCGAGUGGCGACUUUUUGGAGGACCCGUCGCAGGUCACGACUUCGACUGUGGCGUCGCACGCGGACUGCGCCAUGUAA